CAACCAUGGAUGCAGUCCCACGCACAGAGAGAGAGGCAGCCCGGCCCGCCCACCGCACCGCCACAAAUCAUACCAUCACACCCUAUCAAGUGGGUGGGAGUGACUCACUCACGCCCCUUGCUACGAUCGAUUCAUCCCUCUACGUGCUAACUAUCUGUCCACCUCUCUCUCACACCGCAGCGACACACCGGCCGACCAGCCCCAUGUGUGUGACCGGCACAUCACACACAUGACGCCACACGGCAAGCAGAUGGCCGUGCCGACAAACCAACCCACUACCUGCUCAUCGACAACAACUACCUACUCAUCGACAACUCCAACCUACUGAUCAGAAAACCAACCAAAUACCUACUCAUCGACAACAACUCCCUCCUACUCAUCGACAACAACUACCUACUCAUCGACAACAACUACCUACUGAGGGUGCCCCAUGUUGGCCUCCACCUCCCUCACCGUGUCUGACAGCCCCAGCCGCCCCAGCUGACACCGCCGCCGAUGUGUGUGGCACACCUCGAUGGCAUGCUCGAUGAGGUCAUCGUCCGGGCCAGCACGUGGUUCAGCUGGUUGUUGCUGAAGUCCAGGGGGUGGGCAGGCACUGUCAGUGGGGUUGGGGAGGGGGAUGUGGCGGCGGAGGCCGAACAGGAAGCACUGCAGCCCUAUGCAGAGACGGGGGUGCGUGAACAGGUAGGCCACAUCGACCACCUGCUGGUUGUGCUGCCCCGGUGCUGGCAGCCGUUGAUGAUCUGGUGCAUCAGCUGCUGGUACCCAGCCAUAGCCGUCGACUUGGCUAUCUUGUGGUGGGCCAGCUGCUGGCGUGUUUGGGCGUUUGGCUGCGGUGGGUAGGCCGCCACAGCACCCGGUGCAGCACGCACCCCGUUCUGCGCUAUGUGGCUCAGCUGCCAGUGCAUUCCUGGUUGGUACACACAACAUACACAGCGCACACAAAAUACAAACAGAGACCAGUGCCUUGCCUUGCCUUGUCUUUUGUGUGUGUACCUUAUCGCUUCGGUAUGAGCACAUCCGGGCCGCCCACCAUGCCCACCCACCAGCGACCCGCAGCUCUGUACAGGUCCAUGUUGCCGGUAGGCAGGAUGAUGGGCUGGCCCAGCGACGCGCGGAUCUGGAGGGCGAUCGGCACGGCUACGCACCUAAACCACACAUACAGACGGACCCGCAUACAGACGGACCCGCAGCUCGAGGCAGGGCUGCGGGGUCCAUAUCGUCACCAACUCCCGUAUGAAGAUCCAUCUGCAGACAGGCAGGAAUGGGAGACACACCAGACACACCCAUCAUGCCAUGCAUUCACACACGUAUGGAUGUGUGGAGGCAUCUGCUCACUCGUAGUUGUAGUCGGCGCGUGUGUGGAUGACGUCACCCGUGAAGUUAAGAUAGUCUAUGAUAUGCGGCAGGUAGUAGUCCAGACGGAGGGUCUGCAGGGACCAAGAGACACAACAAACACAUCCAUUACGCGUCGAUGGCUGCACGUACUCGUCUGUGCAUAUUGGAUGGAUGGAUGCACUGCUAUCUGCUCAUUCACAACUUAUCACGUGUGUGUUGCUGUAAUGGUGGCGGGCUGAGAAAUGAAUGACCCACCCAUAAUACUCCCUAUGGUCCCGGAACCGCAGCCCCGCCAUCGUAUAGCCCGUCCUCACCGCGAUGGCGUUUUUGGGGACGGGCAUGGUGCCAGGGUGGAGUUGGUGCCGCAACUCCACCCUGUUGGCUAUUCGGAAGCCAUCUGAGGGCGGCAUGGCGCCUCAGCACUCCUGCCG